GAGGACGAGGGCGAGGAGGAGGCGGAGGCUCUUCUUUCCUCAUCCCAGACCCGGGAGCGUCCGGAACGCAGAGCCCGGAACUGGGGGACGCGGCGGCUGCAGGGAGCCCGGGCUAGAGUCUCCCUGGGGAAAGACAUGACUGUUUGCAAUGAUACAUCCUGACAAGAAGUUGAUACCAGAGAAGGAAAAGAAGUUGACAGCUAGUGAACAGAACCUAAACAACCAGGAUUUUGUAUUUGUUACUUCCAACUGUAGACUUCUGUUGCCACUUUUAAAUUAGCAGGAUUCCCAGAACUUGGACGAAGAUCAUUUCUUCUGGUUUUUUGUUUGUUUUCUCUCUUUUUUUUCUUUUUCUUUUUUUAAAAUUUGAUCGUGAGAAAGCUGCAAUGUCUAGGAAACAAAGCCAGAAAGAUUCAUCAGGAUUCAUUUUUGAUUUGCAGUCCAAUACUGUACUGGCCCAGGGAGGAACCUUUGAGAACAUGAAGGAGAAGAUCAACGCCGUGCGUGCGAUCGUUCCCAAUAAGAGCAACAAUGAGAUCAUCCUGGUUCUGCAGCACUUUGACAACUGUGUGGACAAAACAGUGCAAGCAUUCAUGGAAGGUAGUGCCAGUGAAGUACUCAAAGAAUGGAUUGUAACUGGCAAAAAAAAGAACAAAAAGAAGAAAAGCAAGCCAAAACCUGCAUCAGAAGCAAGUAGCAGUGCCCCAGACUCCAGUAAGUCGGCACCCGUUCAAGAGGAGCAGCCUGCAUCUUCAGAGAAAGGCAGCAUCAAUGGUUACCAUGUAAACGGUGCCAUCAAUGAUGCCGAGUCUGUGGACUCACUCAGUGAAGGUCUGGAGACGCUUUCAAUAGAUGCCCGAGAACUGGAGGAUCCUGAGUUUGCCGCAGCAGAUACACUGGACAGAACUGGACCUGUGCUGGAGAAUGGUGUCUCUGACUUUGAGCCCAAAUCUUUGACUGCACACUCUGUCUCGAAUGUCCAGCAAUCCCGAAACGCUGCCAAAUCUGUCUCCAGAGCCACCACAGGAGCACAGGUUUCAAAUCUGGGAAUGGAGAAUGUUCCACUCUCUUCCACCAAUAAAAAGCUAGGUUCUAAUAUUGAGAAAUCGGUGAAAGACCUCCAGCGCUGCACUGUUUCUCUAGCGCGGUACCGAGUUGUCGUGAAAGAGGAGAUGGAUGCGUCCAUUAAGAAAAUGAAACAAGCCUUUGCCGAAUUGCAAAGCUGUUUAAUGGACCGAGAAGUGGCACUGCUCGCUGAGAUGGACAAGGUGAAAGCCGAAGCAAUGGAAAUCUUGCUCAGCCGGCAGAAGAAAGCAGAGCUUCUGAAGAAGAUGACAGAUGUGGCCGUCCGCAUGUCAGAGGAGCAGUUGGUUGAACUCAGGGCUGAUAUCAAGCACUUUGUUAGUGAGCGUAAAUAUGAUGAAGAUCUUGGAAGAGUAGCCCGGUUCACCUGUGAUGUGGAGACUCUGAAACAGAGCAUUGAUGCGUUCGGACAAGUGUCUCAUCCAAAGAACAGCUAUUCAACCCGAUCUCGAUGCAGCUCGGUGGUUCCUGUGUUCUUGAGUGUCCUGGGUGAUGGCUCUGCUGCUUCCUCCUCCCCAGAUGCCUCUGCUCCCAGCCUUCCAGGUGCUAACAAGAGAAACUGUGCCCCGAGAGAGGCCUCUGCAGCCGUGACGAACUCCAGUGAGCGGCCCUGCCCAGCUCAUCGGGAGGUAUAUUCAGGCAACAGGAGAGGAGGACAAGGCUACAGGCCACAAAGCCAAAAGACCACCGAGUCCCCAAACCAAGGGCGACAUGACAAUGUGGGUCGCUACAGAAACAGCUCGUGGUAUUCAUCUGGGUCCAGGUAUCAGGGUGUUCCGCCUCAAGCCCCAGGAAACACUGGCGAGUGGAGCCGCCCUUACUCUGCAGGGACCAAUGGAACUGGAGGCAGCUUGGAGCCUAGCCUACCCAAGCCUUCAUUCAAAAAGGGGCUCCCACAGCGCAAACCGAGGGCCUCUCAGGCUGACGCUGCAAACUCUUGAAGGGAAUUCCAGUUUGCCUCUCUUCUCUCCCAUCCAGUUCAACCUAAUAACUGGACUUUAGGAAAUGUAUACUUAGAUUUAAUAACAAAAAGAAAUUUAUGCAUAUCUCUUUGGGCCAUCCUAAAUAUUUUUGAUUUCUUCGUAUUUUUUUAACGCAAGCUGUUUUCCCUUGGGCUCUGGUUGGUCGUUUUCACCAGGAACCAGGGCAGCUGUUGCCAGUUUUCCCAAAGGUGAGCAGCCCCCUUCCCAGCGCACCUCCACUGCCUACCACAGGCUCUCAGGAGGAGGAGUGGCAGCGCUAGUCCUGCCUCCGCCUCCGGUCCAUUCAGAGCAGAUGCCACAGGUGCCUGCCAGGUUCCCAUGACUUGACAGUUUGCAGUUUGAUCGGGGUAGGGAUAAGGGAUUUUAUACAAUACCGGGUCAGCCAGAGAAGGGAAAUGUGUGUUAGUUCAUGAAACAGAGAGAGCCCAGGGGACAUCUGAGAACCUGCCUCUGUCUGGAAUGUGCCUGAGAUCUGACACUCAAGUUGGGGUUCCCGUCCACACUUGGCACCAUACCUUAACCCGCAGUUUCUUCCAAAUGCCCAAAGCCUUGUUUCCUCUUAACCUUAGGCUGAAACCCGGCCUCAGGAAUUCUGUGGGAAAGUAGCAUUUUAAGUUUUUUAAAAGAAAAAAUGUUUUUCUUUGUUGCAGUGUUUGGAGAUUUUUUUUGUUAUUGUUGUUCUUCCCUCUUUCCCGAAUCCUGUUAUGAACCAAAUUUAUAUAAUAUAAUUAGUGUUAAUCUAAGGUGUUACUCGUCGUGGUUGUUGCGGUCAUCUUUAUAAGUGAAUAAAUAAAGCUAGUGCAUCUCGUGA